GCAAUAUACCAUGUAGUCCAUGCGCUGGUAACACCGACUCAGACAUAGCCCUGAUACAUUCUAGGAUGCUUUGGACUUGCCAACCAGUGGAAUGUUUGCCGCAGCAACGUGGCUGGUCAACGAAUGAUGGCAUCUGCGGAUGAAUGUUUGGUACAUGAUAUAUAAUAUUGCGCCUGGCAUGCUCAACUUGAAUACUCCUCUGCUGCAUAUUGCCUCAUCGUAAUGAGUGUCAUUCAAGUUACUGCCAGGUUGUUGUCCUACUCCAACUACACCAUGCUGGUGCCAAAUGUCAUCCUGAUAUACGACCAUAUGGCGACCCUCACAGAAGAAAUCGUUUUUAUUUGGUGUCGUCCGAAGGCGUUAUCUUCAGCGUUGUUUCUGCUCAAUCGUUAUGUCGCUCUGCUGGCAAAUGCCUAUGCCUUGAUUGGGAAUUUCCUGCCUGCCUCAGCUGAGGUGCUACAUUUCAUCAUACAUGUCUUUACAUGGCAGGCUCACGAUUUUUUUUUGCAGAGCUGUCCGACAUACACGCUAUCACAACAAGUGCUCGUUUUUUUUCAAGCAUUUAUCAUUUGCCGUGACAAACGCUUACUUGCUUUGUUGAUAAUUAUCAUCCUUGCCUUUGUGGGAGGAGCUUCUGUGUCUACAGAGGCAUUUGGUCGUUAUCCAAGCACCGUGACUAUCUUGCCAGGAGGAUACUGUUAUCAAACAUAUACAGCAGAGAGCUUGAUGCCAUGGCUUUAUUCAGUUGCAGGCCUCGGAAUCCCAUGGGUGGCCUUAUUUUUCUAUGAACUUCUCAUCUUCGUCCUCACAGUGACUAGGAUUUUUAAAAUCAGGAGAUUACUGCGGUUAUCUCUGAUGAGGUCCAGAAGGAAUAUCAUCUCUGUCAUGUUUCAGGACGGUGAAGUGAUGACACUGUUCAAUAUACCGAACAUCCUGACAUACUACGAUAUCAUCAUGGGCUCUCUGAGCACAUUUACUAGCUGCAUGUCUGUUACUCUAAUCUCGCGGCUGAUGCUUAACCUGCACAAGUCGAUUGAUGCUGGCAUUCUCUCCACCCCCACCCAAGACGAUGACUUCCCUGUCCUUAACACUAUAAUUGACCUACAAUCCACGAAUUCCUCUCACUAUUGGUAGGCUGGGGCUGGAUGCUAAAAUGCGG